AUGACCCGCGAAUUUCUCAGUGCAACUUUCUCAGCGAAAUGGACGAAAGCCAUAGGCAACGUGGGCAGCCCAUAUGGAAGUAACAUUAUCGAAGUGUCCGGUGAAGUCGCCAGCCAAUACAAAUAUGUGGCGCAAUUUGAAGGUUCGAUGCAAGGUAAAAGCUGGACUGUGGUGAUCUGGAACAAUAUGGGGCCUGAUGGAUCACUUGGCGGGUGGUAUGGGAAGGCUUGCAGAACCUUUUCCCUGGCUCCUGGUCAGCUUCGAUAUCUCGCCUUCGACGAGGAUUCUCUAGGGGGAUGGGCUAUGGCCCCCGGCGCUUCUAUUCCCAUUGACUCCAAUGGCGCGUAUGCUUCAACCUGGGGUAAAUUUGCUUUCGGCUCAAGCAUCAACCUUGGAUGGUCCAGUUUUGCUGUGUCCGCCAUAGCUGCUCAGAAUGCGGGCCUCGAGGUUCAAGGCAUGAAGAUAUGUGACGUCAUCACUGACGUCUGCUCGUUUAUAACCAGGAAUGCGGACUUUGUUCAUAAUGCCUACACGAACACAUCUGCCGAUGGUAGAGGUAUCGGUGCAAAGGUUGCCCCUGGCCCAGUCAGGCUCUCAGUUACGGUUGAUUACGAUACAGAGAAUUGGCAACCUCAAGAUUUGCAGGCCUAA